AUGGAUUCUUGUGCUUCAAGAAACGACCGGAGGCUGAUGUUCAAAUCAAAAACACCUCAUUUUUUCAAGAUAAUUCUUGAUGAUCAUGAUGAAAAGCUUUACAUUCCAAGAAAAUUUGUCCGAUUGUACGGAAACAAUCUGUCGAAUUCAGUAGUCCUGAAAGUUCCAACAGGCGCAAAAUGGAAACUAGAAUUAGUGAAAUGUGAUGGUGAGAUUUGGUUGCAAAAUGGCUGGCAAGAGUUUGUCAAGUAUUACUCUAUAGCUUAUGGGUCCUUUCUAGUGUUUGAAUACAAUCAAGAAAAAUCUGAAUUCGAUGUAUCGAUAUUUGAUACGAGUGCUUUAGAAAUAGAUUAUCCGUCAGAGAUCGCCAACAGACACAAUGACGAAUGUAAUCUUGAGAAACAGAUUCAUCAAGAAACUGAAAUCUUGUAUCGGAAAUUAAAACGGAAAUCACCAUUACAAUUUCCUCAGCCUUCUAAUAAGAAAAUCAAGCUUGAGAAGUCCACAGAAACCAGAACACAAUCAUUAACACCUCAAGAAAAAGCUGAAGCAAUUCGAAGAGCAGCCUCUAAUUUUAAAUCUGAAAAUCCUUACUUCAUGGUUGCAAUGCAGCCAACAUCUCUUCAUUUAAAAAGUCAUUAUAGACUGGCUAUACCAUCAAGCUUUGUGAAGAAAUAUUUCAACAAGCCACAAGGCAUUGCUAUACUUAGUACUAUAGAUGGGAAUUUAUGGCCUGUUGAGCACAAGUAUUAUGUUUCCGAUGCUAGUUCGUCAGCAAAAUUCAGUCGAGGUUGGAAAGAAUUUGCUAUAAGAAAUCAUUUGGAAAUUGGAGAUGUUUGCAUUUUUGAACUGAUCAAUCGCGUUGAUACUACAUUGAAAGUCGCCAUUUUUCGACAUAUCAAAGAUGCUAAUAAGAGCCCAUCACUUGGAAACAACAGGAAAAGGAAACAAGAAGAGAGUGCUGGAGAUGAUAAGACUAUCCAAAGGCAUCUAUGCUCAAAUUUUUAUGAAGCUGCCAACAAAUUUACGUCGGUGAAUCCGUUCUUCAAAACGAAUAUAUCUCGCCUCAGCAGAGUGAAUGUACCUCCCGCGUUUGCGAUGAAAUGCAGCACGAAAAGCACAGAGAAUGUACGAUUCACUUCAUUUGCAAGAGAAAAUUGUCUGAAAGUAGGAGAUGUUUGCAUUUUCGAGUUGAUCAAUUCUGAAUUGCUUCUGCUCAAAGAUUCGAAUCCAGUACUUUGCCAUGAAGAUUCCAACUUCAGUAAGAUUAAGAAGACUAUGUAA